AUGAGUCGGAAUCCACGGGCAGGUGCCUGUCCUGGUCCCGGUCUUACAAGAACUGAACAACUUCGUCAAGCAAGAACUGCUGCGUUACUAAAAGAUACAGAAAAGAAAGAAGCUAGAAUAAGGCAACAAGAAGAUUUCAAAGUACGCAGGAAAUAUGUUAGGCCUGAAGCAAAGAAAGUGGACUUCAAAAAACCAGGAAUGACUAAAGCAAUGUUAGCUAGAGUAAAACAAGCGGAGAAAUUCAAACAAGAAUAUGAACGUAAAGAAGAAGCAUUAACAUCCGGCCGGUUACCUAAAAGGACACCUGCACCAAUAGGAGGUGAUGCCAGGUCGCGACAACAAUUAAAUUUGAUGGGAAGGGGAAGAACAAUGGGAAGACGUACUCCAGCUGCAUCCCCUACAAGAGCACCACAAUUUUCUGGAAGAGCUGGACCCAGUGUUAUACCUCCUAGAAGAGGUGUAACGCGAGCGGCACCAAGAGCAACUGAUGACAGUAUAUCUAGAAAAACUGCUGAAUUAGCCAAAGUGAUGGAUGCUGAAGUAAUUCAAGCUGAUCCAAUUGGUGAAGGACCAAUUAGCAACGUUGUAAUACCUGCUGGAACAGUAAGUGGUGAUCGUACUGCCAUUGUCAGUAUAGUACAACCAAGUGAAGCAAAAGCAGCAUCUCAAAUGGCCAAUCGUUCAAUCCAAGUGAUCAGUGAAUCCCUUGAUGAACAAGAUGCUACAGAAUGUGCAGCAGUACAAGGUAGACUAUCAGAAUUACAACAAGCUAGAAGAGAGUUUGUCAUUGCAGUUGCAAAUGUUGGUGGCAAUGUUGUUCAACUUGAUGAUGUAACUCCUCCUUUAUAUUCAUACAGAAUCCCUGAUGUAGAAGAUGAAUAUGUACAACCUAAAUAUGGAAGAGACCAUCCUGAUAUUGUAGCUACUCGAGAAUAUAUGCAAAAAGCUAAAGAAGAUAUGGAAGUAAGAGAAGCAGCCAGGAGAAUGGAAGAAGAAUUUGAAAGAAUAGCAUUUGCAGAUGAUUCACCAGAAGGUUUACAGUUAGAUAUUCCUUUUGAAGAAGAAAUGUACCAAGACAGGGAUAUAUCUUGGGAGGAAGAUGAAAGUGGCAUAGCUAUGCCUCAUCCAUCUAAAAUAAAAGCUUAUAUUCCUCCUAUACCUAAACAACAACAACCAUAUCAACAUGUAUCUUUUGAUCCAGAAGAAUUAGAAAAAUUCUUUGAUGUUAAACGUUAUCCACCUUGUCCACGAUGUGGGCCACCACCAGGUAGAGAAAAUUUAAAUCCUGAUUUAUGGGAUUUUGAGGAUAUAUGGUACAAACCACCCCCACAACCUGAAGGACCAGAUCUCAUAGAGUUUGAACAGGAUGAUCUCAUACAAUUUGAAGAGGAUGAUCUCAUACAGUUUGAUUAA